GACUGCCAGGAGCUCACCGACGUGGAGCGGGCCAUUGAGACCGUCAUCAACCAGUUCCACUGCUACGCGGUGAAGGGGCAGAAGGAGUACCUGACGCCCAACGAGAUGCAGGAGCUGGUGGUGCAGAAGCUGCCCCACCUGGGGAAGUGUGUUGGACCACUGGAAGAGAAGAUCGAAUGCAUGGGAGACCCUGACGAGGCCAAGCUGGAGUUCGGAGAGUACUGGGACCUGAUGGGCGACGCGGCCAAGGGCUGUCGGAGGAAGAAAAGUGGGGAGCAGGGAGGGACGGGGCUGCAGCAGAUGAGGAAGGGCAUGAGCCACAGGUCCCCAGACACCGGGAACCGUCGAGCGGCCGACAAGCUCAUCUGCGACCUGGACGAGAACAAAGAUGGCCGCAUCAGCUUCGAGGAGUACUGGACCUUGAUAGGCGGCAUCGCCAGCCCCAUCGCCCAGAUCAUCCGUCAGCAGGAGCAGAGCGUCAAGCACACCAAGUAG